AGACUUGAGUGUGAGAAGCUAGACUUUCAGAAAAGAUUUGAAAGCCUACAAAACCAAAUGUGCAUCAUACAAGGGAGCACACUCGUACAUGGCGACAAUAUAGGGCUUGUGUGGAGGAAAUUUUACUCGAGCAAGCGAUGUCAGUUCAAAGACCAUGAAUCAGUGCUAGGCGUGCAGGAUACGGAAUCACUAUCGGCCUUGCAAGAGUACAUAGCAGCACUUUCACAUCCCGACACUGGAAUACCAUGUCAAGAGUUAGUGUCAGGGAUCAAAAUAUUUACCGGAUCUUCGGCAGCUCACUGGUUCAUAAAGAAUAUGGAGGGAGUUUCAUCGAUGCAAAAUGCUCAGGUUGUUGGACAGAGAUUAAUUAGUCUUGGUGCAUUCAUUGAAAUUCAAGGAGGUACAACUUUUGUUGUUUCAAGUACUGCAUACUACCAAUUUUGUGUCACAUCUCAGUCCAGAAAGGUACAAAUGGACCAAGAUAAAAGGCAAGUGAGGUCUCAGAGUCUUGGCUCAUUUUCUCAUCGAGUACCCCCUUCUGCAUACCAAGGACUAUCAAGGUUCGCGAAGUUCUGAAGACAUUGGUAUCACUCAUGGGCCACCUCAAACCCUGUAGUGCAAGAAUAGCUGCUGACAGACAGACAGACGCACACACAGACCAUUUACUGUAACCCUCGCUGUGCAUGCGCACCGAGGGUUGUGUGCCUUACACUAUCAGUAACCAAAGUAUAGAUGUUUCUGCAUUUCCCUAUAUACAUGUGCAAUAUGCACAAAAAUUGAAAGCACUAAAGUACAAACCC